AUGUCAAGCUAUAGUUGGCUAUUAUUUGAAACUAAAGAAAAAUCUGCUAAAAUAAUUAAUGAUUUGAAAGACUUUUGUAUUCAAACUACUCCACCUGGUAGGAAACCAUAUCAUAUAAAAUAUCCAGAAUUAGUUCGAGAAUUGAAAAACUUAUUAAACACGCAUAGCGGAGGAGCACAAGACCGCAGACGAGAUGAUAUAGUUCGAUUUAAUGGCUUAACAAUAACAAAUUGCAAUAACUAUAUCAAGCGUCGAUUAUCACGUCGUUAUCCAAAUAUUUAUAAGUUAUCAAAUGCCACCGUACGCCGUUUAUUUAUGCCUCCCAAAAAGUCGACAAAAAGCCACAAAUAUUACAAGUCAAUAGUUCCAGCAAAGGUUCCACGAAAACAAAAUACUAAAUGUCAAAAUCACCCAGAUUUUCAAAUUACAUGUGCUUUAGUAAACUACGUUCAAGAAUUAGCCAGUUUAUAUAACGAUGAGUGUAUUUCGUUGUCAUGUGAUAACAAAGCAAAGAUACCAAUUGGAACUCCGGCAGUUAGUCAUUAUGUACGCUCGAGAAAAUUCCAUUUAAUUGAUCAAGCUCCAAAUUUACCAGAUCAUGAUUUUCCAAAACCAGGUAUCAAAAUAACUCCGUCGAGCGAAAUAGAGCAGCCGUGA